GGGGAGUCAACAGCAGCGAGCGUGCCAUCUGCUUGCCUUUGAACAUGCCUACUGUACGACGGAGAUCAUUCGCCAUCAUGGCCUCCGCCUUGUGCGGUGCAGCGGGGUUGACACGGGUCCAGGGGUUUUGCUUCGUGCCGGCACUGACCGGCUCUAACACUCGAUGUCAUGGUGCUACAGCAGAGCGGCAGGCCACACAGCAAGCGCAACAGGGGGGAGGUCUAACGAUGAGACGCGGCUUGAGCUAUAAGGGCAAGAAUGGACCAGGCUUGACCAACAUCGGGCGAGUUGUAACCACCCGGAAGCGAGUUCUUGAAUCCGAGGAACCGUGCAAGGUGAUGAUCUCCAACCUGGACUAUAGCUUGACCGAGAAUGAUGUUGCGGAGUUUUGCAGCACCGCCGGUGCCGUCGCCGGCGUCAAGCUCGUCAAGAAGUGGUACGCCAAGACCUCGAAGGGGUACGGGUUCGUCGACUUCGACCAGCCGCUGACGGCAACGAUCGCCAUCGAGACACUUAACGGGAAAGAGCUCAAAGGCCGCGUGGUGGAACUCAAGCCGGCGAUCACAAGCCGGGAGAAGCGGAGGAAGCAGGCCCUGCGAGAUUGGGAGCAGAGGUGCCUGGAGGAGGACAGACGAGUCGAGCAGGGCUAUCCGAGGCGAGAGGUGCCGUUGCCGGAGAAGAAGAAGAUGGCGGACUUCGGGGUCACCGUAGAUGAGUUCCUUGAGAUAGUCGGGCGAACCAACAGCCGCACCGCGAAGAAGCAACCCAAGUACGCGGAGGAGAUUGGGUACGACGAUGACGACGACGAUGACGACGACGCGGACUUGUUCUGAGGUAGUCUGGCCGUUGGGAUAUGGCGACGACAAGCCCGUAGACAUCGUUUUUGUCUUUGUGCUUAAUGCUUUACAGGGCUUUCGGGCUGUUUAGCAGCGACCUCGGGGGUCCGAGAGAUGCCUUUCUCUUACUGCGGCCCCAAUGAAGAACCAAGAAUUGAAACGAACUUCGGUCCCUUGGUUCAACCAAAAGCCGCAGCCGAUCGUCAUGUGGUACGAUUCGGCACGACGGAGUGCGGAUGACCGUACCCACGGCGUGACAGAAAGGAUAUGUUCGGAUCUUAUUCGGACAUUUAUUUCGUGUUUUACAGUCGGACGUGCGAUGACAUGGUUGUGCCUCCUGCGGGUACUGUAUCUUGUCGUUGUGUACCCGGUGUGUACUUGUAGCGCUAGCCGCCAUGAAGCCUCAGCAAGGCCCUACGCUGUUUUGAUAACUGGGUUCAGUGCGGAGCCUAGUAACUCCUGUUGCUCCCCACAAGACUCCUGCCGUUUCAAACCCUGGCGAACAUAUGUGUGCAGUGUGUGGGUCUGGAAAUGCUGUGCUUGUACCCGUAUGCCAUACUUGUACCCAAGUCUGGUGGGGAUUCGUGCCGGGUUGACAAGUGGUUCAGGGCCUUGUGAGGGGAAUUCUGGCCCGAAGGUGGACGAAGAACAUGAUCCCCGAAAGCCGGGCGUAAAGGACGGGUUUUCCUUGCGAUCGUUUCUACACCAUGGACAGGCAACAAUUGGGCGAUGUCGUCGGUCCUUGACGAUGUCUUUGCCCCCGAUGGCUUGUCUGGUUUGGGACCCUAUCUUCUUUUUGCCAUGCUGUGGCCACGCGCGGAAACCAUCCCUGCGUUCCUCGUGAUUGCGAUGAGCGACUGGACAGCGACCAAAGUAGCGCAUGACAAGACUACUCCCGUCGUUCGUGCUGGCACAAGGGCAUCGUUAGGCCGUGGAGUUGUGUGGGGCGCGAUCCAAACGAGUGUGCAUCCGCUGCAGUAGUCGGCCCAAACGACAGUUGCCACACCAGCGAUAGUGGCGCUAUUCGAAAGGUACCUCGCGCAUCAUUUUAAUUUUCAAAGGUGCAGAACCAUACAUAAGUGGCUCGCCACACGUAUGGCAGUCUGUCGCUUUUUACGGGUAAAGCAGCGCCGUAGAAAAGCCGCUAUCAAGCAAUACAUUUUCGGCGGCAGGCCGUAACGGCCUUCCACACGUGUGAGGCAGACAUUUCCGGCGGCAGGCAAGCAUUCAGACGAUCGGAGAGCGAAACGUCGCACCAUGAGUCGAAGCCUGACACCCGAGUGCCAUGGAGCCCUCCCAAUGGUAUACGACCUAUAAUAAAAAAAAAUGGAUGCUGAAAGACCAGCCCCUAUAGCGAUAAUAGUGUCGGAGAGGAGCGCAGAGCUCAGCGAUGCUGCCCGGGGUUUCACAAUGUAUGCUGGCGUGCACAGGGCUCCGCGGGGCGCGUUUCUAGCUACCCUUUGCAACUCACUUUCAUCACGCCCUGAGGCUCACUUGGAUAGAAAUCCGUUUGGAAGAUGGACUUGUGUCCGCAGACUUCUCGCCAAAAAUGCGGGCCAAAAAUCUCACCGUGGUAGGAGCACCCUGCGAGGAAGGGUUCAGCAGCAGCGUCUGUNGAAAACAAGAAACUGCCCAGGCUCGGAUCACACACCCCGACCACCAACGCGCGCCACGCCAGAGCACGCCAGUUGCGAAAAAAAAACUUGUGGCUUCCACCAUGCCGUCGGGAUCAUCUUAAUGCUAUGGGUAUCUGAGACUAAUCUAUUUUUAGCAUAAACCGACAUGUCCACUUUCGCCGCCGCUGCUACAACAAGUAGUAGCAGUAGCGUCUGUUGUGUUUUGUACCGUUGGGACUGGUUCACAACACGUGCCUUGGUGGGCAUCAUACCUGCCAGCCCUCUUGUAGAAGUGGUUCUCACAUAAGUCCUCUAUUCCAAAACAUCCAUGGGGGCUCGUGGUCACAAGGUACGGCACCCUCGACACCGCGAAGAAAUCAAGAAACAAAUAUAUGUAGGCUACCGAAUA